AUGAAUCGAGGUGAGGUUCAAUACUCUACAUAUACUUAUGCAGUGGCGGUGGUGACUGGCGGUGGUGAUUGGUUGAUUGCAGUGGUGGUUGUGUAUGCAGUGGCGAUGGUAGGCAGUGGCAGUGGUGACUGGUUGACUGGCGAUGGUGGUUUUGGUAGGCAGUGGCGAUGUGGCAAUGGUAGGCAAUGGUGGUUUGUUGUUUACUGGUUCUAUUUCCUAUCUAUGACAGCUACAUGGGGGCAGUUGCCCUUGGAUUGUGGGAAGACUCAUUCCUACAAUUGUUAUGUUAAUCAAGAUGGGAGUUUACAGUUAAAGGAGUGUUGUUCUCUUCACAAUUCUGUGAGUAAAAUGUGUUCAGUGUUAGAGGACCAGUUUUCUAGGAUGUAUACUGCUAAUCAUUUGUUGUUGAUCAAGGAUUAUGUGAGUUUGCUUGGUGUCACUAUGCGUAGAUAUGGGUUCCCCAUUGUUGCUUUGCUUGAUGUAUUGAGCAAGCAUAGAGACAAGUAUCAUGAAUUGCUGUUGUCUGAUUGUCGUAAGCAGAUUGCUGAGGCACUUGCAGCUGAUAAGUUUGAGCAGAUGUAUAUGAAGAAGGAGUACGAGUAUUCAAUGAAUGUUCUUUCAUUUCAAUUACAGACGUCAAAUAUCAUGCCUGCAUUUCCAUUUGUGGCACCAUUUUCGUCUACAGUCCCCGACUGUUGUAGAAUUGUUCGAUCAUUUAUUGAGGAUUCCGUGAGUUUCAUGUCACACGGUGGGCAGUUUGAGUUUUAUGAUGUAAUCAAGAAGUACUUAGACAGGCUGUUGACUGAGGUCUUGGAUGGGGCUUUAUUGAGAGUUAUUAACGGUUCUAUGAGUGGUGUUACUCAGGCUAUGCAGAUGGCUGCAAAUAUGGCAGUGUUUGAGCGUGCUUGUGAUUUCUUCUUUCGGCAUGCUGCACAGCUUUCAGGAAUUCCUUUGAGGAUGGCAGAAAGAGGCAGGAGGCAGUUUCCUCUGACCAAAGCUCGUGAUGCGGCUGAAGAGAUGCUAUCUGGAUUGCUAAAGCAAAAGGUUGAUGGCUUUCUAUCAUUGAUUGAGAAUGUGAACUGGAUGGCUGAUGAACCUCUGCAGGGUGGGAAUGAGUAUGUGAAUGAAGUUAUAAUCUUCUUGGAAACAUUGGUUUCUACUGCUCAGCAGAUUCUGCCGGUUCAGGUUCUUAGGAGGAUUUUGCAAGAUGUCCUUUCUCACAUAUCAGAGAUGAUUGUUGGGGCUUUACUUGGGGAAUCAGUUAAAAGGUUCAAUGUGAAUGCUGUGAUGGGGCUUGAUGUGGAUAUUCGACUGUUGGAAUCAUUUGCUGAGAAUGAAGCUCCUCUUUUAACUGAGGCAGAUGCAAAUCAGCUGAAAUCAGCACUUGUUGAGUCGAGGCAUAUAUCGUUUGUAGAUGAUUUAAGUUGA